GGCAUAGUUUCCCGGACAUGGCUUUCAGGAGGAGGAAAAGUUACCCGCUCUUCAGCCAGGAGUUUGUCAUUCACAACCAUGCAGAUAUCGGCUUCUUCUUCGUGCUGUGUGUGCUCAUCGGGCUUAUGUUUGAGGUCACCGCCAAGACCGCCUUCAUCUUCAUCUUACCUCAGUACAACAGUAGCAUUCAGUCGCUGGAUGGUGAGCUAGUGUAUUAUCAUUACGGGGUGAAAGAUUUGGUCACCAUCCUGUUCUACGUGGUCAUCGCCAUCAUUCUGCACGCCAUUGUGCAAGAGUACAUUCUCGAUAAAAUCAAUAGACGUCUUCAUCUGUCCAAAGUGAAGCAGAGCAGGUUUAAUGAAUCGGGGCAGUUGGCGGCCUUCCAUCUCGCCUCCAUGUUCUGGUGCCUCUAUGUAUCUGCCACGGAAGGCUAUUUAUCCAAUCCGAAAACACUGUGGGAAAAUUACCCUCACGUUUACCUCCCCUUCCAAGUCAAGUUUUUCUACCUGUGUCAGCUCGCUUACUGGCUCCAUGCACUGCCCGAGCUCUACUUCCAGAAGGUGAAAAAGGAGGAAGUUCCGCGCCAGUUGCAGUACAUCGUUCUCUAUCUGCUCCAUAUAGCGGGAGCUUACCUGCUCAAUUUAACCCGCUUGGGGCUGAUCCUGCUGCUCCUGCAGUCCGUGGCCGAAUUCCUGUUCCACAUUGCCCGCCUCUUCUACUUCAUUGACGAGAACAAUCAGAAGCUAUUUAACGCCUGGGGCGUAAUCUUUGUCGUUACACGCCUUUUUACCCUUACGCUCACCGUUCUGACGGUCGGUUUUGGUCUUGCACGAGCCGAGAUUCACACGUUCAAUCCGGACAAAGGGGACUUUAAUACUCUUCUGUUCAGGAUGGUGGUGCUGCUGCUGAUGUGCAUAUCCCAGACCUGGAUGAUGUGGCGAUUCAUCCACUUCCAGUUGCGGCGGUGGCGCGAGUGCUGUAAAGAGCAAGCGGCCAGGAAGAGAUCGGCAGUGGCGGCCAUGGUGAAGCAGCAACAAGCCAAAGUCCUUAAAAGGGAAUCUGGUUAUCACGAAAACGGAGUUGUGAAAGCCGAGAAUGGAUCCACGCCCCGACAGAAGAAAAUCAAAUCACCUUAAAGGCCAAGCGAAGCGAUAACAGAAUCUGGAGGAGACAGCGAGCCCAGGACUGAAUCUGUGCUCCACAUUUCUGCCUGCCCAGUGCCUUUUGGGGGCCAAAUAACAAGUGCCUUUCGGAGCCCUCACUAGAAACUAUUUACUAUAUGAAAACAAAGAUUUAAACACAGCGCCCAACUUCCCUUGCCCCGCCCCCUGCCCCGCCCAACCUAGUCAGGAGUGGGGGGGGGGGGACUGUACAUUCCCUUUAUUACUGAUUGAAGUAUUCUUGUCUACGUUGCUAUUCUUGUCAUACGGAGCCAUCAGUUCCAACUGUCCGGAGCGUAACCUUGUACGGAGCCGUCGGGUCCUACUGUCCGGAGCGUAACCUCCUUACUGGCCCCUGUAGGGCGUCAUCUCUGCGGCGCCGCCCUGGAGCUCAGUCAGUCCCAUGCGGAUCCACCAGAGGAGGCGAAUCAAGAGUUGAUAUAGCGACGGGCGCAGUUUCUCGUGAUGCCAACAGACUCGGGGCAUAGUGUUCUAAAGUUUCCGUUUUGGGGUAAAAUCCUGUGACUGAGGAGGGGUGCUGCGGUCCCAAAACAGAAUUUAUUUGUUAAGGUCGGCGCAAUGCAAUAGGGAAAUUAUCAUUCAUCACCUCAGCGUCCAUCUUGUCCAAGCAGAGGCCUGAGCAGUUCUGCAGUCACUGAAAGGGUUAAGCACGUCGGUGAAUUCUGGGGGUCCUGCCUGCUCUGGGGUGUCUCUUGUGCUGAGCUUGUGGCUUUGGAAGCCCCUUUGGGUGCAUGUAGGCUGCACAGUAAGUGACUCUCUGGUUGGUCUAUAGUCUAUUAACACACAGCUUGACUUCCCCUUUAAACACUGCUCCAUUAGGAUUAUAUUGGGGUCUGUGGCCUGUAUAUGGGCACGGCUGGCCCUCAGGCACAUUUACCAUUGCAGUAGUACUUUGGGCACCCAGUGCAAAGUGCAGGGCCCUAUCUGGCAUAAGGUGCAGAGUGUAGUGCAGACAGGAGGAGGCUGCCCGAUACUAACAGUGCCAGGGACUGCCAACGUACUGCCCACAACAUGCCCCUUAUGAAUACAGUGCUGCCCAACACAGAAGCAGAAAGUAGUGGGAGGCCCAUUGGGAAGUGUUAUGAGAGACUAAUAAAAAUCUACCUCAAUGACCCGUACUGACUGGCGGCCAGGUUUCUGCCAGAUAGUGAGAAGGGCGCCUUUCUGCUUUGCGGUGUUGGGGACUGGCAGCUCUGCCAAGUGUUAUUUGUUGGGGGUUGAGUGGCAGAAUCAAUUAGGGGCUCAUCUGGCCAGUGGCUGUUGUUGUGGUCAGGUUAAAGGGAAACUAUACCCCAUAAUGUAUACUUAGAUAGUUUAUAUCAUAUUAAGUGGCCUAUUAAAGAAUCUCCCCAAACUGGAAUAUACAUAUCAGUAAAUAUUGCCCUUUUACAUCCUUCCCCCUGAGCCGCCAUUUAGUGAUGGGCUGUGUGCUCCCUCAGAGAUCAGCUGACAGGAAGUGAUGCAGCUCUAACUGUAACAGGAAGUAGUGUGGGAGCAAAAGGCAGAACUCUGCCCAUUCAUUGGCUGAUGGGGCCUAGCAUGUAUGUGUGCCUUGGCUUGUUUGUGUGCACUGUGACUCCUAUGAUCCCAGGGGGCGGCCCUUAGUACAUAAAAUGGCAGUUUCCUAUUUAGGAUUACCCAAUGGCACACACUGCUAAAAAUUUAUAUUUUUAUGAAAAUGGUUUAUUUAGAUGAAGCCGGGUUUUACAUAUAGACAAUAUAUUUUUAUAGAGACCUACAUUGUUUGAGGGUAUAGUUUGCCUUUAAGUUGGCCAUAUUUGUAUUAUAGUGAACAAACCAAAUUCACCAUAGCCAGCUCCAUCUGAACCUGGUCCCUCCCCCCAGAUGAUAUCAGAGAGAAGGGCGGGCUCGGGAGAACACAGUCCCAUGUAGGACAGAGGACAUUUCUUUCAUCCAUUUGGGCAGUUUCUGUUCCACCAUCCGGUCGCCGAGUACUGAUCUGUGAUAGGCCGACUGCAGCACGACUCUCAUGUCUCCACCUUCAUUGCUUCUCUUGGGAAGGACGUGUGAAACCCUUCAGAGGACAUUACUCAGCGAUAUCUACAGAACUGGCCAAACGCAGUGGGAGUGGCCUGGCAAAAUGGACGCUCAUUUGUUCCUAAUGAAAUUGUACUAUCAGUAUCUACAGUCAGACUGAGAAUAUCCCACAAUCCAUCUGCUGUGUGGCCAUACUGUGCAGCCCAUCCACCCAAUCACAAGUCUUCAAUUAAUUUGAAUGUAUGAAAGAGCUCCGCCCCACCUCCCGUCUGUAUUAUGGUCCCAGUGGAUGAAGCUCCACCUACAGGCAGUUAGUGACAAUUACAGAGGAGCCAGAUGUACGCCAAGUAGGCUCUAUUCCCAUUGGUAGUUCUAUCAAGCUGUGUUGCUUUAAGAAGCCAUUCCUGAUGUUGAGUACAACUUAUGCCUUGUUAAGUGUGUUAAGGCAUGCUGGGAUUUGUAGUUCAACAACACCCAGGCAGAGCAGCACUGCUUUAUAUGAAAGUGAGCUGCCAAGUUAUCCCCCCCCCUGUAGGCGGCAGUAGCGGCAGCACGGUCUCUUUUCUGUUUAUAUUCAAUAUGUAUGUUUACAUUUGCCCGAGGCAAUCAGUAUGGCCGCCCCCGCAGUGGGUAAAUUGAAAUACAGAGAAGGUUCAGUGUGCCCCCAGUGGUAGCUAAAGGGAAAAUAAAUAUAUAGCCAAUCAAAAUGACUUUUUCCCAAACAAUCCCCUAUGUAUGGAGUGGUUUAACCCUUCAGGACAGAGUCCACAGGGGGUUAACCCACUCGCUGUUCUGUUUCUGGGCCGUGUCUGUAUCCGUGUCGCAAGAAAGUGCCUUAUGUGUCCUGCGCCGUUUCUACUCCGUGUACUGUAACCGUAGCCACACGUGCGCCCGCCUGUGCCUUGGGCACCAAGCUCUGGACAUUCUGUGCGCGGUGGGCAUUUUUCUAAAGGGACUGUUACUUGUGAAAAAAAACAUUUUUUUGGAUCUUUCACCCGUGACUUUUUCAUAUGAGAAUAUUAAAUCGUUUCUUAUAA